UAUUUAAACCAAUGGUUUCGCGCUCGUGUUAUAAAUCACAGAUUAAUUAUAGGCCGUAAACAAGCAAGACGAUUAUUAAUUUAAUAAAUUUAUUAAAAUCUAAAAAGAUUGUGAUUACGAAACGUUUCGGUCUUACUUGACCUUCUUCAGCCGUAACGUUAACAUUAAUCUACUAUCUUUUUGAACAUAUUUUUUAUUUAUUUUUCUACUCGUAUAUAAGUACGAGUUCGUACCAAACAUUAAUUAUAAUAUUUCAUCGAGAAUGCAUUGAUAGUAUUCGAUAUUUUCUUUAACAAGUGUAAUUAUUUUGUGUAUUACAUAAUUUUCUUGGGAAAAGUAGUCACCAUGAAAAUUUAUAAAGCAUUUUUCAACAAUUUUACUAAUAUGAAUUAAUUCAUCAGAGGGAUACAUUAUUUGGUACCCUUCAGAAACAUAAUGAUAUGUAUCAGGUAUCAGAGAAAAGGACACAACGAACAUAUAGCAGAGUGUGACAAAGAUGCAAUCAAAACAGUUGUAGUAACCUGAUAUCAUCAAACAUUUAGUUUUUCGUAGUUGGCAGACUUGGGGACUUACAGUCUCUCGAUGCGAAAAAGGGGCGUGGUUUGCGAGUUUCGCGCACACCAUGUCUACUUCCACCAUGGAUUAUACUGUGUCGCAAUCUUAAGCGGAUGUCGUUCAUUGUUGUAGCGUAAAAGCAAUACAAUUUUUGCGAUGUCAUUACGAAAAUCCAGAUCAUAACAUGUUACCCACAAUAGGUUUCCGGACAGUAUCCCUAAAGCACAAAUCGUAUUCUGUGAAGAUAUACGAUAUCGGAGGCAGCUCACAAAUUAGAGCAUUGUGGCCCAAAUAUUAUAUCGAUAUACAUGGUCUUAUAUACGUGGUGGACGCUAGUGAUAUUUCCCGUCUUGCAGAGAAUAAAGUCGUAUUUAACGAAUUAAUUACGCACGAGCAUAUUUCGACGAAACCGAUAUUAUUACUCGCCAACAAGCAAGAUAUGAAUGGAGCCAUCGACGAGCUAGAUAUAGUUGAAAACCUAGAUGUGGAGCAAGCGGCCAAUGCCAUGAGAUGUCCGACAAGAGUGGAAACGUGUUCCUGCAUUUAUAAAAAGGAACAAUCCAAAACUAGCACUGCGGGCAUAAAGGAUGGAUACAAAUGGCUGUUGGAUACUAUAGUGAAAAAUUAUGUCGUUCUGAACAGCAGAGUCCAACAGUCGCAAAAUUAUCAGCACGAAAGCGUUCAACGAGCACAGUCUAUCGCGUCAAAUACACCAUCAAAAAUGUCUAUACGCUCCAAUCCUUUUAAACCCAUUAAGGAUCUCUUGGCUUCAAAGGAUGAAGCUUUAAUAAGUGAAUCACGCAAUGGUAUCAACAACGGAAGAAGUAUUGUAAAAGUUUUUGCACGGAGAAAUAAGACUGCUCCUCUUCCCGUUGAACAAAUGACUAUCGAAUGUGAAAGUCUCUCACGAAAUUCUACAUCUAAUUUAGAAACUCUUGCUGGAGAGAAAAAUACACAAACCACGAUAUUAAAUCCGUUGAAUCUAAGUAUCAUUCAUAAUGAAAGUAACGCAAACUUCAAAGUAAUCCGUCCGUAUACAGCGCCAGAAAGAUCGCAACAAUUAUCAAAUAAUAUAACGAUAAUUAAGAUUCCUGGUCAAGUGCCUCAAUAACAGUAUUUGUAAAUUUUGUACUUAAGUUGAAGAGAAGACCAUGUAUAUAUAAUGUACUACGACUGAAAAGUUAUGAAUUGUUAUAACAAUUGUGUUAUAUUAAAAUAAACAGUAAUAUAAUCGUUAAAUAAAUA